AACGUCGGCCAGCAACCGGUUGCUAAGGAAUAUACUUCCGCAUUCAGCUACGUACACGCAGAUAAAGGCGUUUGAAAAAGGCGCUGAAUGUCACGUGUUGGGGGCGUUCCCAGAAUGUGCCAGACGUCACCGGCGGAAGUAGGAAGCAGCUGCCACAGACGUGCGGGACACACGUGGGUAGGAGUGCGUAUUGGAGUACGAAUUGGCGUGAUAAUGAGCGGGUUUGUAUCAAGCAAAACGCAAGGACCUCCAAGCCCAGCUGUGGAAUCCUAUUUAUUCGGUUGUGAAUUGUCAUCAAAAACAAAACAAUACACUUUCCAAGUAGAUGAAGAGGAUGAUGCUUCACACUGUGUAUGCUUGCAGACUAUUAGUCUUGGGGCAGGAGCUAAGGAUGAACACAACGUAGUGGAAGUGACUGCCCAUAAUUAUCAAGAUAAGGAAGUUACUGUGCCUUUAGCUAACCUUAAACUUUCAUGUCAGCCCAUGGUGAAUGUGGAAUAUUUUGAGAUUGAGCCACCAGUGACCUUUCGUUUAACAUCUGGUUCCGGUCCAGUUUUUAUCUCGGGUCGUCAUUAUAUUGUAAUCAAUGAUGACAUAGACCUGUCAGGUUCAGAUGAGGAUGAUGACGACGAGGAUAUUGAUGAUGAUGAUGAUGAUGAUGAUGAUGAUGAUGAAGAAGAAGAAGAAGUAGUUACUCCAAUAAAACCAGCUAAGAAAAGCCUAAAAACCUUAUCACAUACCAUAUAAACUAGCCUGGCUCUGGAGACGUCACUCCGGUGUAAAUCCUGUGUUCUAGACAUCACUUCGGAGGUUUGAGGCAUUUCCAGGUGUUAUACUAGAACUCAGGUACUCUUCAGAUUUACAUAAAAAAUAUGGACUAAUGAAAGUGCCUUUUAUUAACAUCUCUGUUUUUGGAACCUAACAGUUAUUUAACUCACCACCCCUAUUGAUGUUGCUCCCAGUGGCCUCAAAGUAGGUGCCCAUUUUUUAAAUUUCUAGCAUGGAGACAAGUUUUGGAAGCACAGAGACCAGUUUUACUCCAAGCAGAGCCUCCUGCAGGCCACAUGGGGCAACCCAAUAGCCAAUCACAGUUCUAAUUUUGCAUCCUCAAGGAACUUUUUCAUGCGUGUCUGGCUCACCGACACUGUUUACAUUUUAUGUGUGGCUCACGAGUAAAAAAAAUAAAGAUGUUUGGAUCCCUGGUUUAGCUGUUCAUCGGGACUGUUUACUGAUAGAAUGAGUGCAGUGGGCUGCGUCUAUUUUAGCAUUCCAACACCAGCUUUUUUUUUUUUUUUUUUACAGAUUUCUUAUUAUUAACAUUACAGCUCAUCCACUGGUCCAGUACAAUUUUUAGAUUCAAACUGUGAAUAGUUUCAGUAUUUUAUGUAUGAAAAGUAAUAUCAAGCCAAGAGGUUUACAAAUCCUGUGUUUGGAAAGUGCCCCAUGCAGUUUCAUAUGUCUAAGUAGGUUGGUCCAAGAAAGCAGAAUUGUGAAGCUCAGAAAUUUGUACUUUGCAUUUUUGAUUAAGCUUUUUUAAAUUAUGGGGCUUUGAGGUUAACAGCCUCAGGUGGCUUCAGACUGGGGGGGUGCAUGUAACAAUCUACCGUGAUUUGGUAGCUGUAUGGUGACAAGAUUGUAUGGGCAUUGGCACAGCCUGUGACAGUAUAAAAUUGUUUUGACCAGCAGUGUAUAUGGCAUUCAUGCCUUUCAGGUUAAGCCUAUGACACUCUGCUAAAAAGCAUGAGUGGAAUUUCAGUGGUUAGGACUUGAGAGGUCUUCAGUGCAACCAUUUCUUAAUUAGCUCUGACGUUUUUCCUGAAUGUAACAGGAUUUUUAUAAUGUAUGUAAUUUUGUUUCUGGUUGAUUUAUAAAUGAAUUGUUUAGAAAGUCCUGGUUAUCAUAUAAUCUCAGGUGGAAAACUGAAAUUGAGAACGGAAAUUGGCUACAUACUGCAUUAUGUUGUAUUUCCUAAUUUUAAAUGUUUGACCAGAACCACAAAGUCUACAGUGUUUGACUAUGGCAGCCAUUACUAACAUAAGGCCAAGUUACGUUUUUUAAAAAAACAAAAACUGUAUAUUACGUUCUUCUCUAUUCUUGUUGAAAUAAUGAAAUAUAUGUACUUAUUUUCAGAAGAAAAAAUAAAAUUGUGCACUGCCUUA